CGGGGACCGCGGAACAGCCCUGCUCCUCUACUCCCAGCCCCGCCCCCGGCGCGGAGGACCGUGGGAGCAGUUUCCUUGGAUCCGCGCGUGGCAACGACUCAGCCUGCGCAGUCUUAGAUUCUCCAAAACGCCGCGUCGUUCGGGCUUCACUGGCAGUCGCCCUGCUCCCCUCACCGCGAGGUACAGAUGAUGCAGAAUGUACACCUGGCCCCGGAGACAGAUGAAGAUGACCUUUAUUCUGGUUACAAUGACUACAAUCCAACCUAUGAUACCGAGGAAUUGGAGAAUGACACAGCUUUUCAGCAAGCUGUGAGAACCAGUCAUGGCAGAAGACCUCCAAUAACUGCUAAAAUACCAAGCACAGCAGUUACUAGACCUGUAGCUACUGGAUAUGGGUCCAAGACAUCCCUGGCAUCAUCAAUGGGAAGACCGGUGACAGGGGCUGUCCAGGAUGGAGUUACUAGACCUAUGACAGCAGUGAGAGCAGCUGGUUUUACCAAAGCAGCUUUGAGAGGCUCUGCAUUUGACCCCCUUGGUCAAUCAAGGGGCCCUGCUCCUCCUUUGGAAGCCAAGAAUGAAGAUAGUCCAGAAGAAAAGAUUAGACAACUAGAGAAGAAAGUAAAUGAGUUGGUUGAAGAAAGUUGUAUUGCCAACAGUUGUGGAGACUUAAAACUGGCCUUAGAAAAGGCGAAAGACGCAGGAAGAAAAGAGAGAGUGUUGGUGAGACAACGUGAGCAAGUGACAACUCCAGAAAACAUCAAUCUGGAUUUAACUUACUCAGUUCUUUUCAACUUGGCCAGUCAGUAUUCAGCUAACGAAAUGUAUGCUGAAGCACUAAACACAUAUCAAGUUAUAGUGAAAAACAAGAUGUUUAUCAAUGCAGGAAGAUUGAAAGUGAAUAUGGGAAAUAUUUACUUAAAGCAAAGAAAUUAUUCCAAAGCCAUUAAAUUCUACCGGAUGGCAUUAGAUCAAAUUCCAAGUGUCCAUAAAGAAAUGAGGAUUAAAAUUAUGCAGAACAUUGGAGUUACAUUUAUUAAAACUGGCCAGUACUCUGAUGCCAUUAAUUCAUUUGAGCACAUAAUGAGCAUGGCACCGAACCUGAAGGCUGGCUUCAACCUCAUUCUCAGUUACUUUGCAGUUGGAGAUCGAGAGAAAAUGAAGAAGGCUUUCCAAAAACUGAUUGCUGUUCCAUUGGAAAUUGAUGAAGAUGAUAAAUACAUUCCACCAAGUGAUGAUCCACAUACUAACUUAGUGAUUGAAGCUAUAAAAAAUGACCACCUAAGGCAAAUGGAACAUGAAAGAAAAUCCAUGGCAGAAAAAUACAUCAUGACAGCUGCAAAACUCAUUGCUCCUGUAAUUGAAACAUCUUUUGCUGUAGGAUAUGAUUGGUGUGUCGAAGUUGUGAAAGCUUCUCAAUAUGUAGAGCUAGCAAAUGACCUGGAAAUAAAUAAAGCAAUUACAUACUUGAGACAAAAGGACUUUAACCAAGCUAUAGAGACCUUAAAAAUGUUUGAAAAAAAGGACAGUAGAGUGAAAAGUGCAGCUGCAACCAACCUCUCAUUUCUGUAUUAUUUGGAAAACGAAUUUGCACAAGCCAGCAGCUAUGCAGAUUUAGCUGUGAACUCUGAUAGAUAUAAUCCAUCUGCUCUUACUAACAAAGGGAAUACAGUGUUUGCAAAUGGUGACUAUGAGAAGGCAGCUGAAUUCUAUAAAGAGGCUCUGAGAAAUGAUUCUUCUUGUACCGAAGCACUUUACAAUAUUGGCCUUACCUAUAAGAAGCUAAACCGGCUUGACGAGGCUUUGGAUUGUUUCCUGAAGCUUCAUGCAAUCUUGAGAAACAGUGCCCAAGUUUUGUACCAGAUAGCCAAUGUAUAUGAAUUAAUGGAAGAUCCCAAUCAAGCUAUUGAAUGGUUAAUGCAGCUGAUCAGUGUUGUUCCAACUGAUUCUAGAGCUCUGUCUAAACUUGGAGAAUUAUAUGAUAGCGAAGGAGAGAAGUCCCAAGCAUUUCAAUACUACUAUGAGUCAUACAGGUAUUUCCCUUCUAACAUUGAAGUCAUUGAGUGGCUUGGGGCCUAUUAUAUUGACACCCAGUUUUGUGAAAAAGCCAUUCAAUACUUUGAAAGAGCUGCUCUUAUACAGCCAACACAGGUGAAAUGGCAGCUGAUGGUAGCUAGUUGUUUUAGAAGAAGUGGUAACUACCAAAAAGCAUUAGAUACUUAUAAAGAUAUUCACAGAAAAUUUCCAGAAAAUGUUGAAUGUCUGCGUUUCUUGGUUCGUCUCUGCACAGAUAUUGGAUUAAAAGAAGUUCAAGAAUAUGCAACAAAACUCAAGAGGUUGGAAAAAAUGAAAGAGAUAAAAGAACAGCGCAUAAAGUCUGGCAGAGAUGGCCCCGGAAGUUCCCGCAUCAAGAGAGAGGGUAGUGCUGGCAGUGAUAGUGGCCAGAACUGUAGUGCCAGUAGUAAAGGUGAACAGCUAAGUGCCAAACUCAGAGCUUUACCCGGGACACACGAGCCUUAUGAAAGUAGCAGUCACAAAGAAAUAGAUGCCUCAUAUGUGGAUCCACUUGGCCCUCAAGUGGAAAGACCAAAGACUGCAGCCAAGAAAAGACUUGAGGAGGAUGAUUUUGCUGAUGAAGAGUUAGGAGAUGAUUUGCUUCCAGAAUAAUAUGUACCUUAUAUGUUAUUUAUUAAAGGAAAGAAAUUGCCUUGCAUGAUAAUACCCAUGUUAAACCUUGGGUUAAAUAUACAAAUUCUAAUUAUGUACACUUCCAAAGUUUUUAAUAAGUGUAUUCUGUUCUAUGAGUAUAGGUUUAAGUCUUGUUUUGUUUUUAAUUGAAUAAAAACAUGAAACUAAUCCUUUAGGCCUAUGACUUCCUUACCCUUUUGAAAACAUUAACCCCCAGUAAGAAAUGAAUUU